AACAACCACUGCUCUGAGUUCAGUUAGAUCCACAUUUUGAGGUUUUCUUUGAUUUAUUUAGUAUUCUAUGUAAUUUUAAGCUUUUAAUUCCGUAAUGGGCAGCGAUUACUACGAGACUCUGGAGAUAAACAGAAAUGCAGGAGACGCAGAUAUCAAACACGCAUAUCGACGUCUUGCUUUAAAGUUUCAUCCGUGCAGCACCAACAAGGAAACAGGGAGCAACGAGAAGUUCAGUCAGCUGGGUGAAGCCUUUGAUGUGCUGAGCGACCCUCGAAAGAAGGCAACCUAUGACAAGUUUGGUGAGGAGGGUCUGAGAGGAGGCAUCCCACUGGAGUUUGGCAGCGGAGGGGCUUGGUCAUCUAAAUAUGUUUACCAUGGCAACCCAGACAAAACAUUCAGACAGUUCUUUGGAGGCGACAACCCGUUUGCAGACUUCUUUGCAAAUGAUGCACCACUUCAGUUCUGUGGUCUGCAACCAGGAGAUGUGAAGACAAAAGACUGUCACAUAGAGAGAGACCUGCAUUUAUCACUGGAUGAUCUUUUUCACGGAUGCACCAAAAAGAUAAAGAUUUCUCGCAGGGUGAUGAAUGAUGAUGGAUACACAUCCAGUAUCAAAGAUAAGAUCCUGACUAUUGAUGUGAAGCCUGGAUGGAAAGAAGGCACAAGAGUCAUUUUCCCCAAAGAGGGAGAUCAGGGACCAAACAGCAUCCCUGCAGAUAUUGUGUUCAUAGUGCGACAGAAGAGCCACCCUCUGUUUGUGAGACAACACAAUGACCUGCUCUACAAGGUCCUGGUCACUCUGGAGAUGGCCUUGACUGGCUUCUCUGUGGACGUGGAGACACUAGAUGGCAGACAGAUCUGUAUUCCCAUCAAUGACAUUGUGCACCCUGCGUACAGAAAGCUGGUGACUGGAGAGGGGAUGCCAGAGUCCCAGGAUCCUUCCCAGAGAGGAAACCUCAUCCUCACUUUUGACGUCCAGUUUCCAGAGAAGCUCUCCGCAGAGAGCAAGCAUCUGAUCAAACAAGCUCUGGCGUUGAAAUAUUGA